AUGGGGAUCAAGGCGGCGAAGAGAAAACUCGAAACCGGCAAGGCCACGCAAAAGCUGAAAAAGGCUAAGGUUGUCGAACCCGUGGAAUCCUCGGAAGCCCUGGAAGCGCUGCUGUCUGAAGAUAUCUCCGAUUCGAGCGAAGAUGAGCUCGACCAAAUCAACACCUCUGGCGUCCAACCUGAAGACGACGACGAAGAGUCGGAAGCGGACGAGUUGGAUGAGUUAGACAAGAUGAGCGAGGACGACAAUGACGACGAAAAGGACGCCGAAGACGAUGAUGAAGAUGACGAAGAUGAAGAACAACAAAACGACGAUAAGCCCAAGGUGUCGCCCGAAGAGCGGGCCAAGGCGAGAAAGGAACAAAAGGAAGAGUUGAAGAAGCGGAAACUCCAACGGAAGGCUGGUACCGAAGUACAACAAAUCAAGAAGCUCUGGGAAAAGCUCAGAUGCACCAAACCCGUCCCCUCGAAGGAAGAAAGAGACAAGCUUGCCAACGAGAUCUGGACGCUCUCGCAAGACGUUAUUUUGGACUUGGUGCUUAAACACGAUGCUCUGAGAGUGGUGCAGACGCUUGUCAAGUACUCGCCCCAAGAACGCCGGGACAAAAUCGUCACUGCCCUCAAGGGCCACUUCUACGAUCUUGCGACUAGUGCUUACGGUAAGUACUUGUUGGUGAAAUUGUUGCACUACGGACUGAAAAAUGCCAAGCAGAUGGUGAUCAACGAAUUGCACGGUAAGCUCCGCAAGUUGAUGCGUCACCGGGAAGGGGCGUACGUCGUCGAAGACUUGUUUGUGUUAUACCUGACACAAGCGCAACGGAAACAGAUGAUGCGCGAGUUCUGGGGGUCGGAGUACGCCGUGUUCAAGGAGCUGGGCCAGGACCAGACCGUCGUCGACGUCAUCCACUCGCUGCUGGAAAAGAAGCACUUGAUCAUGACCAACUUGUACGGCACCAUCAGUGCCUCGGUCAACAAGGGCUCCACCGGGUUCCAGAUCUUGCAUGCGGCAAUGAAGGAAUACGUCGCCUGCUUGGUGGACGACGUCGAGGCCAACAACUCGCAGAUCCGCGAGUUUGUCGAGUUGUUGCAAGAACAAGUCGCCGAAUUGAUCCACACCCCUGAAGGGCUGGACGUCGCCUGUACGCUUAUCGCCCUUGCCACCGCCAAGGAAAGACGUAACAUCGUCAAGCACUUGAAGCUGCAUGCUGCGGAUAUGGUGAAGAACGAGCACGGGAACCUUGUGCUCAUCACUUUGUACAUGGUCACCGAUGACACGGUGAUGCUUACCAAGGCAUUUGGCGAAGAGUUAUACGGCCCCGAGGUACUCCCCGGCGUCGUUGUCGACAAAUGGGGGCGUAGAGCUCCUCUCUAUAUUCUCAGAGGUCUCGACAAACGUUAUUUCAACCCUAGAGUGCAAGCGUUGCUUAAGGGAUACGAAACCUUGGCCUACGCCCACACCACCAAGAAGCCUCAAGACAAGCGUCAAGCCGAAUUGAGAGAAGCGAUGGUGCCGAUGUUCUACCUGUCAAUUCUCGCUCUUGGCGACGACUUCUCGCUGUUUUUCCUGGAAAACUUGGCGGCUCAAUUCAUCACUGAACUCAUCCUCACUCCCGGCGACUACCCUCAACGUCAAGAAUUGCUCGACAAAGUGGUGGAAGUGUCGACUUCGGGCGAUGUUCGUGAAGACCACCACCUCCUCAACCACGCAGUGUUUGUCCUGAGAGCGUUGAAGCUGUUGAUCCAGGGUACCCAAUACAAGUUCAACCACGAGCUGAAAAAGGUGGAAAAAGUCGACGGUGUCGACGCCAUCCCCGGUACCGGGGUCGACUUGGCCGAACGCAUUGCUAAGGACAUCGAUGUCGCCCAGUGGGUGGCCGCCAACCAAGGCGCCUUCACCGUGGUGGCGUUGUACGAAGUGUUGCUGCUUGCCAAGCUGAGCGAGGCGAAGAAAUUGCAAAAGCAGGUCAAGAAGUUGGCCAAGACCAUCAAGGAGGACACCGACAACAAGGGGGCCCAGCUCUUGUUGGAGAUUGUUUAG